GUAUUUUCAAGUAAGUUAAGGCCGUUUCGCGGCCAUUAUUAAUAUAUUUGUUGCUUUAUCGUUGCGCAUGCGCUAAAAACCCCAACACGAUUCACUACACCGAAUAAACUUUCAAUAUCGAGGAAGAAAGGAAUGUAAACAGUAUCUCAUCACGAAACGUAUAUGUAUGUACAUCAUUUCAACUGAAAGCUCGACCGUCGAACGUGGCAGUUGGAAAACGAUUGAACGGCAAAAACAUGGCUAGUAUCAGCGAACAAGAAACCACGGAGAAAUCGAAAGAAGCGAAAAUAACAGCUGAAAUUAUAUUUCUGCGUAAAUCAUCCAGCUCCGACAAAACUGACUUUGGAGAAAAUCUAGUUUUAGAGACUAAUGAGUUAGAUCUGUUAGAUGAAAAAGAUGACAAGUUUAUUUCUGCAAUAACAAAUGUAAUAAAUGCAGAAAUAAUCGAUAUGACAAGUAUAAAAGCAGAUAAAAAUACUUUAAUGAAAUUAUUACUUUUAACAUGCAUGGAUAAAGCAGCAGAUAUCGUUUUUAUUACUGGCGACAUUGAAGACAAUGAGAGGCAUUAUGCAAACGAAACAAUUAAACUUAUUAUGAAUUACGAACAGCAUUUUAAAGAAAAACCUUGUAGAGUAUUAAAACAUUUGAUAACACAAAUGGAAUCAAGAUUGGAGAAGAUCACAAACCAUAAAAUUGUAUGUGGGAUACGAAAUAAGACGUUAAUCAUUAAUUUGUUCAAUCCGCCCGAAGAUACAGUAAAACUCUUUACAGCAAUUGUAGAUAUGCUGGAAAAUAUAUUAUUCAUAAUACUUAAGAGUGAAAAUCUAAACCAUCCCUUACUUGAUGUUGCAUGCUUAGCCGAUAAUAAUUCUUUAAAUCAGAUAAAAGAUAAGGAUUCAGAUGAAAUCAAUGAACCAUCAUCUUCUUCGACUUGUUCGUUGCCUGAAAAAGAUAUGGACGAUGAUACAGAUAAUCUUCAUAAGGAAUUGUUUCCUAUGGUUUCUACGGACGUAGCAUUGACGAUAUUGAUUACAUUAGCAGCCACACACUUGGAAAACAUAACGCCGGAAUUGGUAAAGAUAAGUGAUGCUUAUGGUAGGAUGGUGUGGAAAGACAUACUUUCGAACUGUAAUAUGCCACCAUUUAGAAUCUCUAGUAAACAUGGCUACGCAGUAUUGGUUUCUGAUGGACAAAAAUCGCGAAGACUGCUUCAUAACAGAACGGACAGAAAAAAUAGUUUUCCUCCGAUUUCACUUCAAUCUGGAACGUGCGUAUGGGUCAAUAGUGGAUCACCCAUUCCCGAUGAAGCUACAGCGGUUGUGCAAGUGAAAGAUACACAAAUGGUACAAUCUCUAAACAAUUCCGACGUGUAUAUUGACAUAUUGAUUAAACCACGACAUAUGCAAAACAUUAAGCCUAUUGGUUAUGACGUAAUGAGAGACAAAGUUAUUAUUCAACAAUACACACGUAUUGGCCCGGAAGAGAUUGCACUCUUGGCAGCUUCCGACUGUAAAGAAGUUACAGUCGUUGAACAGUUAUCUAUAGGUAUAUUGUCUAUCGGCGAUAACUUGGAAGAACCAGGGGAACCUUUAAAACCAGGAUAUAUCCAUGACACAAAUAGAAUAACUUUAAUCUCACUACUGAAACAUAAUGGUUUCUCUUGUUUGGAUUUCGGAAUCGUGAAUGAUAAAUCAUCAUCUAUACAAGAAAACAUUGAGAGAGCUCUAGGAAAAGUAGAUGUACUCGUUACAACAGGCUCUAUUAAUGAUAAAGAUUUAUUGAAGAAAAUUUUAUUGAAAUACUUUCGAGCCGAAAUACAUUUUGGUAAUGUAAAUAUGAAACCUGGGAAGUCAACGACAUUAGCCUCGUGCACGAUCAAUCACAAGACCAAGUAUUUGUUGUGUUUCUCGGGAAAUCCAUUAUCAGCUUUUACUGCCGCUCAAGUAUUUCUUUUGCCCUUUGUAAGGACGAUAAGUGGCUAUAUUUUCUCGGAUGCUGCUACAGUGCCAGUUUACAUAGAUCAGCCGUACAAAUUACAUCAUCGUAGUAGAAUGGUAUGGGCAGAUUUACAGUGGUCUGAUAAAGAAAAGUCCCUAAAGGCUUCUAGUAAGAGCAAUAUCUACAAGGAUAAAUUAUAUAAUAUUAUGGGUUCAAAAGCUCUUUUAAUUUUACCUCCUUGUGAGUUUGGCAGUUUGAUGCCCAAAGGCCAAAAUGUAUUAGGGUUGCUUGUUGACUAUCCCUGCGAUUGUACAUCAGAUUCGGAAGAUCCAAAUUUGAAUGAGAAGAGCUAAUAAUGCUGUAUUAUAUGUUCAUUUUUAUUUCUAAAAUUGUAAUUGUAAAAAUUUUACUAUUUUAAAUGAUUAUAUGCUUCAUAUUUAUACAGCACUAAAUAUUGUGAAAAGCACUUUCAGAAAAAUUUUAAUUUUUCACGUGCCACAACUUUUUAUAAAUUCUGCAAAAUUUUAUAUGAAAUGUUGCAAUAGAGAGAAAUGGUCCUAAAAUUUUGUGAUACAAAAUUUUGUAACAAAUGUUUUUAAAGUCUGUCACAUAUAAUAAAUAUGUAAACACUCAAACAGAACAAGAAAUCAUAAUGAUAUCAAAAUGAUUCCAAAAUUAUGAUUAAAAAUCAUUUAUGAUUCUUAAUCAUGAUGGUCAAUUAUGAUUCUUGAUUAAUUACGGUUUUCUUUUAUGCUUCCUAAUAAUACAUAUCCUGUGAAUAU